AAAGCGCCUUUUUGAUUUCUAACACUCAAAAACAUGAUGCUUUCUCGCUCUAAACCUGCUAUACCAAAGAAUAAUGUUGUCCAAGCUCAAUCUAAAAAGAUUCCGAGUUUGCAUGAAUUCAUCGAAAAUAGAGAUUUUACUGGAGCACUUACGCUUUUAGAAUUUGAGCGUUGCUGUGGCAAAUCGACGCUGGAAACAGAUCUAUGGAUUGCAUAUUCUGCAUUUCACCUGGGAGAAUACAAAAAGGCAGCAGAUGAGUACAAAAAGAUUUUAGGAAAACCCAAUGCUCCACCAGAAGCUCAUACAUAUCUUGGAUGUUGCUAUUUUUUUCUGGGAAUGUACAAAGAAGCGUUGAAAGCUGCUAAAGACGGUCCUGUAUGCAGAUUGCAGAGCAGACUUUUAUUCCACGUAGCACAUAAGUUUAAUGAUGAACGUUCCCUACUCAGUCACCGUAAUGCACUUGAUAAUUCAAUAGAGGAUCAGUUAUCUCUGGCUUCAGUCCAUAGCCUUAAAAACCACCAUCAAGAAGCGAUCGAUAUAUACAAACGUAUUCUGCUAGACAAUAGGGACUAUUUAGCUUUGAAUGUUAACAUUGCUUUAUGCUACUACAAAAUCGAUUAUUAUGAUAUAUCCCAAGAAGUACUGGGUAUAUAUUUACAACGCCAUCCUGAUAGUGCAACUGCUAUCAACCUUAAAGCAUGCAUUAAUUUUAAAUCAUAUAACGGUAAAGCAGCAGAGGCAGAGCUGAAAGCUCUUCAAGAUGUGUCAUCUUCAUCAUUUACCUAUGCACAAGACCUCAUAAAGCAUAAUUUGGUUGUGUUCCGAAACGGAGAAGGAGCUCUUCAGGUUUUACCUCCGUUGAUCGAUGUUCUACCAGAAGCAAGACUUAAUCUCAUAAUAUUUCAUUUAAAAAAUGAAAAUUUACAAGAAGCCUAUGAACUUACUAAAGAAAUCGAUCCAAGUACACCACAAGAAUAUGUAUUAAAAGGAGUUGUAAAUGCUAUUCUCGGUCAAGAACAUGGUUCUCGUGAACAUUUAAAAAUGGCUCAACAAUACUUUCAAUUAGUAGGAGGAUCAGCAAGUGAAUGUGAUACAAUAUCCGGACGUCAAUGCAUGUCUUCCUGUUUCUUUCUUCUUCGUCAAUUCGAUGAUGUUCUUAUUUACUUAAACUCAAUAAAGAGUUACUUUUAUAAUGAUGAUAUAUUUAAUUUCAAUUAUGCUCAAGCGAAAGCAGCUGUAGGAGCAUAUAAAGAAGCACAGGAAGUAUUUUUACUAAUACAAUCAGAACGUUUACGUUCAGAAUAUGCCUAUUUAAGUUGGUUAGCCAGAUGUUAUAUAAUGACAAAACAAGCACGUUUAGCUUGGGAACUUUAUUUAAAAAUGGAAACUUCAGCAGAAUCCUUCAGUCUAUUACAGUUAAUUGCUAAUGAUUGUUACAAAAUGGCACAAUUCUACUAUGCUGCUAAAGCUUUUGAUGUAUUAGAAAGACUGGAUCAAAAUCCAGAAUAUUGGGAAGGGAAACGUGGAGCAUGUGUUGGUGUUUUUCAACUUAUUAUAGAUGGACAAGAACCUAAAGAAAGACUUCGUGAAGUUAUACAAAUACUAAGGAAUACAAACAAUCCACAAACAGAAUAUUUUAUACGUGUUAUGAAAAAAUGGGCUAAAGAAAAUAAAAUUGUUGUAUAAAUAACCUACUUUAAAUGUUGUAC